AUGAAGUCUUCAAAAGGAUUAGUUCAGUCCGCAAAACGAGUUGCAUCCAAAGGGUACCAGCCUGUAGGAAGGACUUCUCCACACAGCCGGGGGUACAGUUAUUACAGUGUUGCCAAUGAGAACCCCCAAAACACCAGAAACUUAAUACUCGCUGGAGGAGGUGCAAUAGUCCUAGCAGGAGUCAUUGGUUACACGCAACCCUGGUAUUGGCAGAGACAAGUUCAGAAUCCCGAGGAAGCAAACACCAGAUGGACGGCCGUAGGAGGAGACAAAGCAAGUACUGAUAUGCCCGGUAUUGGGCCAAACACCGAGUCAACCAGACGAGGCCACGAACCCCAUGAAAUCACGGGUGCGAACAAAAAUAAGGGAACUUUCAUUGAGACUUAUCAAGAUGCGAAAGGAGGGACCAAGAAGAGAGUUGCGGCCGCAUCCAAGACACCAGGUGGUGAGGGAACGAUGUCGAAGAAACAGGAAGGUCUAUCAAAUACAGACACGAAAUACUCGAUUGACCUGACGAACAACCCGAAUAAGGCUCAGAAGGGGGAGGGGGGACCAGAGACUGCGAAGUUGAAGGGGACGGUAGAUUCUCGAAGACCAUUGUCGGCUUGA